AUAACGCUGUUUUGCGACAUUGUUAAUUGUUAUCGUUUUCCACUGGUUUUGAGUCUCACCUUCAACAAAAACGAUUAGGGUUCUUAAGGUUCAAGUUGGUUUCCCUCCAAGGCAUAUCUGUUCCAUACUUAAGAUAACUUGCUAAGACUUAAACUUGUCCUUUUUUUGGUAACUAUCAAUAUCAUUAUUUCGAAAAUCACUGCUUCAUUUUUUUUGGUCACCGUUUGAACAUCACCAUCCUCUUGGUUUUCAUUCAGCCUGUCGCUAUUUGUUGUUACUAUUUGGUGUUCCGUUAACUGUAAAUCAUUCUCUUUGUAACUCCUUAAGGCCAUACUUCAUGGCUCAAAUUCAGUCGAUAUUCUUUCUCUGCAAAUCCAUUUGGCCUCUCAUAUUGUUUCCACCUUUCCGUAUUAUUCUUUCUUCUGUGAAUGCUUCUGGCUUCUGUGCUUCUUUCACAGUUGCCUUGCAAGCUUGCUUUUCUUUAGAUACAUAAGAUGCCAAGGACAAGGAGCUGUGCUGAAGCUGCUGAAAAACCUAUGGAUGCUGGAAUGUCAACACAUUCUGAAGAGCGGGUGGACCUUGAAGGAGAUAAUGAUCAUGAAGAGGCAAUAGAAGAAGAGGUGGAGUAUGAAGAAAUAGAAGAAGAUGAGGUGGAGGAGGAGGAGGAGGAGGAGGAGGAGGAAGAAGUUGAAGAGGAGGAAGAAGGGGUUGCCAAUGAAGCUGUUGAAGAGAAGAAAGUAGUUGAGGAAGAUGUGAAAAAAAUACAUGCUGAGCUUCUUGCACUUCCCCCUCACGGGUCAGAAGUUUACCUUGGUGGCAUUCCAUAUGGUGCAUCUGAAGAUGAUUUGAGGGCCUUUUGUGAAUCUGUAGGAGAAGUUACUGAGGUUAGGAUAAUGAAGGGAAAAGAUUCAGGUGAGGCAAAAGGUUAUGCUUUUGUAACCUUCAGAACUAAGGAAUUUGCGUCUAAGGCCAUUGAGGAACUGAAUUAUUCAGAACUAAAGGGGAAGAAGAUAAAGUGUUCAACAUCUCAAGCAAAGCAUCGCUUGUUCAUUGGUAAUGUUCCUAGAAAUUGGGGAGAGCAAGAUAUGAAGAAGGCCGUGACAGCUAUUGGACCAGGAGUUAUUUCGGUGGAGCUAUUGAAGGAUCCACAAAACUCCAGCCGGAAUCGUGGAUUUUCUUUCAUUGAAUAUUAUAAUCAUGCAUGUGCAGAAUACUCUAGACAAAAGAUGUCAAACCCAAAAUUUAAGCUCGACACCAAUGCUCCAACUGUGAGCUGGGCUGACCCUAAAAAUGUGGAAUCCUCUUCUUCAUAUCAGGUUAAGGCAAUAUAUAUCAAGAAUCUACCAAAGGAUAUUACUCAGGAUUCUUUAAGAAAAUCAUUUGAGCAUCACGGGAAGAUCACUAAAGUGGUUCUCCCACCUGCAAAACCAGGUCAGGAGAAGAGCAGAUAUGGUUUUGUACAUUUUGCGGAGAGAUCAAGUGCUAUGAAGGCAUUGAAGAACACCGAGAAAUAUGAAAUUGACGGUCAAGUUUUGGACUGUUCUCUUGCAAAGCCACAAGUAGAUCAGAGAUCUGCUGGAGCAACGAAUUCUCAAAAUUCAGCCCUGCUUCCGACCUACCCAGCCCAUAUGGGUUAUGGCAUGGUUGGUGGUGGUUAUGGUUCUGUAGGUGCAGCAGCAGGUUUUGGUGUAGGUUUUGCUCAACCGCUGAUCUAUGGUAGGGGACCGACACCUGCUGGCGCGAUGAUGCCAAUGCUUUUGCCUGAUGGCCGAAUUGGAUACGUCCUGCAACAGCCAAGUUUGCAACCACACAACCCUCCAAUGCAAUCACGAGGCGGUAGGGGCAACCAUGGUGGGAGCUCGAGUGGUGGAAGGCGGGGCAGCGGUGAGAACAAUGGAGGACACGGCCGUUAUCACCCAUAUUAAAGCAGUCAUGUUGCAAUGCAACUUGAAGGAAAGUGGUGUUUAAUGGUUUUAACCUUUUGAAUUUUUUUUUCGUAGCCAAUGUAGUUAACAGCUGAAACCAUAAUAUCAUUUACUGUUUUACAUUUUUUAAAUUAUUGUGUCAAAGACACUGUAUUCAGUCAUAAA